AUGGCGCCUAACAAGAAGAAGAAAAAAACAGCCUCUAACCCGGCACGAGGGUUUGCUACAGUCUCUGUCCCCUCGAAGGUGAAGCCAUCGACCCCUUCUGAACCGGUAGAGCCUGAAGAAACUGCCCCCAGCUCUGAGACUUUGGCAAAGAAGCUGCCUGUAAGAGAUGCUAAAGAUGAUACAGCCGCUAUCCAGCCUACCAGCCACAAGCCAGAGCUGCAUGAGUUGACUCCUGAUGAGCUUGAACGGCAUCUGGAAGAAGCUGAACUGCAGACAAUUGUUGACAAACAUGGGAUCAAAUGCAAGGGUGAUGCUGCUCGCUUCUCUACCAAAACGGUGGCUGAGAGACGCCUCCUGCGCCCGCAGGCACCACAGUUAGAGAAUGUCACUGACUGGCUCUCUCCGGAUCUUUUGAAUAAGAUACUCGAAAAGGAAAAAGCAGAGGCAAGAAAGCAGCCCAUGGUUUCAAGCAAAUCAGCGGAGUACCAUGGACAGCUCAGCGUCUCCAUGGAAGAAAGCAUUUGUGUGAACAUGUGGACUCUCCGGCUUACCCUGUUAGAGCUUGGCUUCCAAGGGAUUGAUAUCGAUGAGACAUUGAAAAUCCUGCUACUACACGGACCAUUGGAAAUAGUGUCUGGAAAAGACCCCGUCCAGGCUUUGGACCUAGCCUUCUGCUACCUAGCACUCUACCUGGAGAAAGAUAAACUAGCCCCAUAUGAUGAGCACAAGCCGAUAGAGACAGUAGGUAAGGUCACCACUGUUGGAGAUGAUAGUAUAAAUAUACUAUUGGAGAGGAUUGCUUCAGGGACCGCUAGCCCUGCAGCUCAAAUGCGAAGCAACACACCAAGUAAAUCCACGGAGACUACUUCUACACUUCUUUCCCGUCCACUAAGCCCAGAAUCUGAAGGAGUUAGUGGCCUACAUGAACCAGAAAUGCUAAUACCCGAAUUUCUGGCUCUUCGAUCACGGCUUUAUGAACUCGACCCAUCCAUGUUCAACAAAACGAAGUCAAAAAAGGGUGCAAAAACAAGCUCUAAACAGACCCAAGAUGCAAACCCCGACCCUGCUAUUGCUAGCAUAAAACGGAAAAUUGCUCGGAUUGAACAGGAUAUCUUGUUUGACUCGCACGAGGCAGAGGAGCGCUGGGCAGGGACGCUGGAAGAACUUAGACUUAGCACAGUAGAGACGUUGAGAAGUACCUUUAGCAUACCAAAAAGUACUUCUGAUGCUCCUCGCACCGAACCCUACGAGGUAGAGAUACAGGAUACUAAACCUGAAGAUAAACCUGAGGAGGACGAAGGACUCUUCGGUGAAAUGUUUGACUUGGGGUUAAAUGACACCCGGAGUCAGCUGCAGCUUGGAUCCCAAAACACCUCCACCAGAACGAGAGAUUUUGGCAAGCCAGUGGGGAUCAACCCAAAGAAGGUACUAGAUGAUUUUUGUCGACCCAGGGACACAAAUUAUACGCUAAUAUACCAUAACCUAUCUGACUGUCCUUUUUUGCAUCGCCAGGCAGUACAAAUCCAAUGGUCAAAAGACCAAGAUAUUAUUUUUGAGGCACCUCUCAAAGAUAUUUCAUACAGGAUUGCUCCUCGAUCGUUGACGGUCUACAUGGCUGGUAUCAGUGCCGCAUCUGCUACACAAGCUGAAUCGUACAUCUCAACUGUUGCUUUAUUCAUACUAUCAUCCCAUGCCUGGAAGGAGAGUAAAGCAUCUAUAAAAUUAUCAGGAGUAUGGAAAAAUGUUUGGGAUGAAAUAUCCCUAGAAAAGAAGGAGCAUGACGAUCAAGCCGAUAGACAGGAUGUUAAAACAAUCAAGGGUUAUAUCCAAGAAUAUGAGGCUCACCUCGAGGAAGACGUUGUACUCGUUCACAAUUUCCGGCAGAGGUAUGGUACCGGAGAUGUCACACCGUCAACCGAAGGUACACCAAAGAAAUAUAACCCGGACUCCUUUUCUCCCGACCUUCAAGCUCUCUGGGCCCGCCGAAGUUCAUCUUCCAACUUCCAGAGAAUGGCAGCGUCAAGGGCGGGGCUUCCAAUAUGGUCUUUCAGGGACCAAGUGCUUGAUGCUCUUUCUAGCCAUCAGACUAUCAUAAUAUGCGGAGAGACCGGAAGUGGGAAAAGUACUCAAAUACCUUCCUUCAUUCUCGAAAAUGAGCUAGCAGCAGGCAAGGAGUGCAAAGUAUAUGUUACUGAGCCCAGGCGUAUAUCUGCAAUUUCGCUAGCAAGAAGGGUCAGCGAGGAACUCGGCGAGAACAAAAACGAUAUUGGCACAAAUAGGUCGCUUGUUGGAUAUGCAAUUAGGCUGGAGAGUAAAUUCACAGCUUCUACACGGCUGAUAUUCGCAACUACUGGUAUUGUCAUCCGGAUGCUAGAGAGACCCCAGGACUUCGAUAAUGUUACCCAUCUUGUUUUGGAUGAAGUACAUGAACGUACAAUUGAUGGGGACUUCCUUCUAAUUGUCCUCCGUCGACUGCUUAGCACUCGGCAUGAUCUGAAGCUGGUCCUAAUGUCAGCGACCGUCGAUGCCAAACGCUUUUCUGACUACCUUAACGGCGCCCCGAUUUUGAAUAUUCCAGGACGCAUGUAUCCCGUGGAAAUAAAGUAUUUGGAGGAUGUUAUCGAAUUGACACAAUAUCGACCCGACAAUGACGGUUCAUAUACGGAUGGAACUGACGACACUUCGGAGGAUGAGAAGAUAUCUGCUUCUGAAGACAUCACUACGCUGAAGUCUACCCUCACACACUAUAGUAGACUGACUCAGUCUACGGUUUUAUCAUAUGAUGAGUAUCGCCUAAAUUAUAAACUCAUUACCGACCUCCUUUCGAGGAUUGCUACUCGCCCGGAACUGGUGGAAUACAGCAAAGCAAUAUUGAUAUUCAUGCCAGGUCUCGCUGAAAUACGUCGGCUUCAUGAUGAAAUACUCUCCAUUCCGAUGUUUCAGAGCGGCUGGGUUGUUUAUAGUUUGCAUUCGUCCAUUGCAAGUGAAGAUCAGGAGAAGGCAUUCAUAGUUCCCCCACAUGGCAUACGGAAAGUGGUCAUUGCUACAAAUAUAGCAGAGACAGGUAUCACCAUCCCUGAUAUCACUGCUGUCAUCGACACUGGAAAAGAGAAGGUUAUGCGUUUCGAUGAGCGGCGCCAGAUAUCAAAGCUGGUUGAAGUUUUCGUUGCCCGUGCCAACGCAAAGCAACGUCGAGGCCGGGCAGGGCGAGUCCAGGAAGGAAUAUGUUUCCACCUAUUUUCAAAAUAUAGGCAUGAUAAACUUCUUUCUGAUCAGCAAAUGCCUGAAAUGCUCCGCCUAUCACUUCAGGAUCUUAUCCUUCGAGUGAAAAUAUGCAACCUAGGAGACAUUGAAGGCACGCUAUCCGAGGCACUAGAUCCUCCGUCCUCGAAAAAUAUCCGGCGAGCUAUUGAAUCUUUAAAGACGGUGAAAGCUCUUACGGGGACCGAGACAUUAACAUCACUCGGAAAGCAAUUGGCUAAGCUGCCACUGGAUGUGUUCCUCGGAAAGCUCAUUCUUUAUGGAGCUUUCUUCAAAUGCGUGGAUGCAGCCGUGAGCAUUGCAGCAAUUCUUUCCAGCAAAUCGCCUUUCCUGAACGAUGUCAAUCGUAAAAGCCAGAUCGAAGCUUCACGGAAGGCUUUCGAACGAGGUAAUUCUGACUUACUUACUGUCUACAACGCCUACUGUGCAUGGAAAAAGCACCGAGCGGAGAAAAAUGAGUUCAGUUUCUGCAGGAAAAAUCACCUGAGCCCUCAGGCAUUGCUCAACAUUGAAGAUGUGAAGACACAACUUCUAGUGUCUGUGGUGGAUACUGGAUUACUGAAGUUAAAUAACGAAGACCAAUUGGCGUUGAAUAGAGCAAGAUAUACCGGGCGUAAAAGGCAGUUCUUCGUUGCCCCUGAACAACUGGAUAUCAAUAGCAACAAUGAUACGAUUGUCAAUUCGGUGAUUGCUUGGAGUUUCUAUCCAAGACUUCUCACCCGGCAUGGCAAAGGUUGGAGAAAUGUUAGCAACAACCAGGUAGUUGUUUUACACUCGGCUUCGGUAAACAAGCACACGGAAAACCCGCUGAAAUGGCUCUCCUAUUAUCACAUUAUGCAAUCCCGGAACAGAAACUAUAACGCACACGAAACCAGUGCGGUGGAAGAGCUUGCAAUUGCGCUGUGUUGUGGGGAUGUCGAAUUUAAGAUGUAUGCCGGAGUUAUAUCACUUGAUGGCAACCGAGUUAGGUUCAGAGUGCGCGACUGGAAAACCAUGCUCGGCCUCCGGGUUUUGAGCACCCGGAUCAGAGAAGUCAUUGCCCAAGCACUCAAGACGCCGAAGAAAGAACUCUCCGCGGACCAUAAGCAGUGGCUUGAUCUAUUUUUACAAGUUCUGGAGGUAAAAAAGAAACCGGACAGUUCGGAAUACAUAACGAUGUGA